CGAAAGGUCGGUCCUCUAGGACUGCUGGAGGCGGCCACAGCGCCAUGUUGAACGGAAUCAUCACACUCCGUGGAGAUACUCUCGUCAAAGAGCAGUUAUAAACAAAGUGUUAUUCAUUUUCCAAAAGGGGCACACCUGUCAAGAUCGCCCUGGCAAGAAGAGGCCAACUAGAUCCUCGGAAACCCCGGCCGGGGAGGGGGAACAGCCCCCCAACCUUCAGCAAUGAAGAUAAACCACAAUAAGCGCUAGCUGGCUAACUUCAGCCUGCUAUUCUCUCAAUAAGCUAGCUAGCCUGUUAGCUCAAGCUUUUCUAUCCGCUCAGACACCGGCAACCUGCUCUUACAAGGCCCGGUGUUGACGUAACUCGCCAGCAAUAUUUUUUUACGUGCACUGUUUAGCCGCUAGCUAAUUUAUUUGUAAAUAUCUGUAAAGCCGUGCGUUUGUUUUUGUUUUUUUAUUUGCAAUGAGUUUGCCGCCGAAAGCGGUGCCGAAACCAGCCGCUGCCGCCGCCGCUGGAACUGGACCUGGAACCGGGCCGUCACCCUCGAGCCAGCUGCGGGCCCCCCUAACCACAGUACCGCUACCGCCGGGGACGCCGGUGGCUCAACAGCCUCCGCCAGGGCAGACAUCAGUUUUCCUUAAUAUUCAUAAUAUUCAAAGGAUUCAAAGAGUGCCGCCUCCCCUGGAAGAGCGAAUCUUCCCCACGCAGUCCGUCACUGCUGUCUACACUGUACAGAGACCCCCUGGCCCCCCAUAUACAGCACAUGAAAUCAGCAAGGGACACCCUAACCUAGCGGCCACACCGCCGGGUCACGCCUCCUCCCCUGGACUCUCUCAGGUAUCAGUUCCAACACUAUUCUCUGCGCAUCUGUAUGGUCAUCCUAAAGGCUGGGAGGCAGGAGGAGGGUCUCCGUACACACAGGGGCAGAAUGCCGGCACAACCCCUCUGGUCUACUCUCCACCAACCCAGCCAAUGAACGCACAGCCUCAGAGCCGCCCGUUUGCCACUGGGCCUCGUCCUACCCAUCACCAGGGAGGAUUCAGACCCAUUCAGUUUUUCCAGAGGGCGCAGAUGCAAACGGCCCGGCCCACCAUUCCAAGCAACAACCCUUCCAUUCGGCCCACAUCUCAGACCCCCACGGCAGCGGUCUAUUCCCCCAAUCAGCCCAUCAUGAUGACCAUGGCUCCCAUGCCCUUCCAUUCCCCACAGACAGCGCAGUACUACAUCCCUCAGUACCGUCACAGUCCUCCUCAGUAUGUAGGGCCUCCUCCUCAACAGUACUCAGUCCAGCCCACUGGACCCAGUACCUUCUAUGCUGGACCCAGUCCAGGGGACUUCCCUGCACCUUAUGCAGCAGGACCUCCCUACUAUCCUGGGCAGCCCAUGUACACACCAUCUACACCCAUCAUAAUGCCUACACCACAACAACCUCCACCUGCUAAGAGGGAAAAGAAAACAUCCUCCAAGAUCCGCAUCCGAGACCCCAACCAGGGCGGCAAGGAUGUCACAGACGAGAUAUUAUCAGGGGUGGGUGGGAGUCGGAACCCAACCCCACCUGGGGGACGGCCUUCCUCCACUCCUACACCUCCACAGUUUUUAUGUCCGCACCCUCAUUAUCCUCACAUUUUCUACCUCAAAUCCCAGCAGCUGAACAACCAGGUAGCAGAUCACGGGCAUGCAAUGUAUAAUGUGGACAGCGCCCAGCUCAACUUGAAAACAGAUGACAAGCCAAAACCAGAGUUUGCUUCGCAAAGAUCUGCAUCUCCUGGACUGCGGCAGCCAGAGACUUCGUUGGAAAGAAUUGAUCCAAGCAGCCCAGUCCAAGAGCCCUCUCCCUCACAGAAAACUGAGCUUCCCCCCUCCGGCCCAGAAACGGCCUCAAGUGUAGCUACAGCCCCCAGUCCUUCCAUACCUGCCUCAACAGUGGAGUCAGCUGACGCCCAGAGCCCAUCAGCUGAGCCCAGCCCCACUAAAGCUGUCACACCAGAACCUGAGAGCUCUGAACCAGAGAAAUCCUCCUCCUCAGAGCAACCCUCACCUCAGAGCCUGUCUGCAUCUCCAGACCAGCCCGAAAAGGUUGUCAAUGGGCUGACGGACACCGAUGCUGCUCCCUUGAGUGAAGACUUGGAAUCCCAACCAAGGGAAGUCUCUCCGUUGCUGCCUACAUCCAGUGUGCCCCAGUCCCCCAGCCCGGAGCCCAGGCCCAUCACACCGGCGCUGGACGCUGAGUCUGCGGUGGUAAAAACGGAUAGUCCCUUGCCUCCUGCUGAAGACAGCGCUGGAUGUUCUGACGUCCCAUUCCUCUCGACCUCCUCUACUGCUGCUAUCUCCACCACACCUGCACCUCCUCCAGGACUCAUACAUCCAAGUCAGGUUUCUGCAGGGUCAGCCAGGAGACCUUCUACAGGAGCAGAGCUCAAAGAAACAGGGAAGGAGAUUGAGGCCUUGUCGGACAAGAGAGGCGAGCCUUUCUUGCAGUCCAGAAAAGCUACAUCUAGUGCACCAAAGACCUGGAAGAACCCAAAAAAGAACAUGCCUGUAGGGCAAGAUCAGUGUCCAGACAAAGAGGAGGACAUGGAUCAGCCCUCUAUGGAGUCUGCUGCAGAGAGCCCCAGUCCUCCUCCUGUGGAGGUGGAGAGGAGGCCAUCAGUAGGAGCUGUGCUCGAGGAGAACGGAGAACAGGACGUAGAGCCUCAGAGAAACGGAGCUGAACACGCCUCUGAAACUGAAAGCAGUGACAGCAUCCACCCGCCUGCAGUCAAAGAGCCGCUGAUCAAAGCAGUGCCACAGCCUGCAGAGAAGAAUGGCAAGAAGCAGUACGAUAGAGACUUCCUGUUGGGCUUCCAGUUCAUGCCUGCGUGUGUGCAGAAACCAGAGGGGCUUCCUCCCAUUUCUGAUGUUGUUCUAGAUAAGAUUAACCAAAAUAAGCUGCCCAUGCGGCCAAUAGACCCACGUGUGAUUUCCAGAGGCCCAGACUUCACGCCAGCGUUUGCGGAUUUCGGCCGACAGAUUCAAGGAGGCAGGGGAGCACCGCUGCUGAACGUUGGCCUGCGGCGCCCACCUGGACGCAAGAUCAUCACAAACGUGUCUGUGAACGAUGAGGUGCAGCUGAGGACAACAGAGAAUGCUUGGAAGCCUGGCAUGAAGCGGGAGAGUGCCGUUGAAGAUCCAGACGCCCAGAAAACUCAGGAGCUUUUCCGAAAAGUGCGUAGUAUUCUCAACAAAUUGACGCCACAGAUGUUCAACCAGCUGAUGAAGCAGGUGACUGACCUCACCAUUGACACAGAGGAGCGGCUCAAGGGUGUCAUAGACCUGGUUUUCGAGAAAGCCAUCGAUGAACCCAGCUUUUCUGUGGCCUAUGGAAAUAUGUGCAGCUGUCUGGCCAUGUUAAAAGUGCCCAUGACGGAUAAGCCCAACACCACUGUGAAUUUUCGGAAGCUGCUUCUGAACCGCUGUCAGAAAGAGUUUGAGAAGGACAAGGUAGAUGACGAUGCCUUCGAGAAGAAACACAGGGAGCUGGAGGCAGCUACCUCGGCUAGUGAGCGGGAGAGACUGCAGGAAGAGCUGGAAGAGGCGAAAGACAAAGCCCGCAGACGCUCCAUUGGCAACAUCAAGUUCAUCGGCGAGCUCUUUAAGCUGCGGAUGCUGACAGAAGCCAUCAUGCACGACUGUGUGGUGAAGUUGCUGAAAAACCAUGACGAAGAGUCACUGGAGUGCCUGUGCAGGCUGCUCACCACUAUUGGCAAGGACUUGGACUUUGAGAAAGCUAAGCCACGAAUGGAUCAGUACUUUAACCAGAUGGAGAAGAUAGUAAAGGAGAGAAAGACUUCAUCACGCAUUCGGUUCAUGCUGCAGGAUGUUAUUGACCUGCGAUUGCACAAUUGGGUGUCUCGGAGAGCUGACCUAGGCCCUAAGACCAUCGAGCAGAUCCAUAAAGAGGCAAAGUUGGAAGAACAGGAGGAGCAGAGAAAGGUGCACCAGCAACUGCUGUCCAAGGAUAACAAGAGGAGACCAGGGGUGCAGAGAGAGGAGACAUGGAGCACUGUGCCUAUGACCAAGAACAGCAGAACAAUAGACCCCACUAAGAUUCCCAAGAUCUCCAAGCCAACAAUAGAUGAGAAGAUUCAGCUGGGACCAAGAAAUCAGAACUGGAUUAAGGGCAGCAGUGGAGGGGCUGGAGCCAAGGCCAGUGAGUCAGAUGUCUCUCGUCCAAGUGCCAGUUUGAACCGUUACUCACCCCUGCAACCCUCAGCGCCUCCGGCCUCGUCUUUACCCUCUACAUCCCCAGAUUUUGAUGCCAGGAGAGUUCUCAGCAGUCGUGGAAGCUCAGGGCGGGAGCGCAAUGACAAGCCAUUAAGUGUGGGUCCCACUCGGACAGGGCCCAUCUUGUUGGGUAGCAGCAAUAAGGAGGCUCCCGAGGAGUCGGUCCAGGAAGUGUCCCGCAGAGACUCUUAUGCCUCAGACACACCCAAGCUGCCCGCCAGCACUGCAGACAAGAGCAGACUGGAGCGUAGCCAAUCCAGGGAGUCUGCUGUUAAACUUGAAGUACUGUCAGGACCCUCUCCAGAUAAAACUGCAGAAGAGGACAUGGAGAGGCGGUCCAAGUCUAUUAUUGAUGAGUUUUUGCACAUUAAUGAUUACAAGGAGGCAGUGCAGUGUGUGGAGGAGCUAGAGCAACCUGCCAUGCUCUAUGUGUUUGUGCGGGUGGGUGUGGACUCCACGCUGGAGAGGAGUCAGAUCACGCGAGACCAUAUGGGUCAGCUGCUCUAUCAGCUCCUGCACGCUGGAAUCCUCCUCAAACUUCAGUUUUUUAAAGGGUUCUCUGAAACUCUUGAAAUAGCAGAUGAUAUGGCCAUUGAUAUUCCCCAUAUAUGGCUGUACCUUGCGGAGCUGGUGACCCCUGUACUUCGAGAGGGGGGAAUCUCUAUGAGAGAAUUAUUUAGCGAAUUUAGCAAACCAUUACUCCCUGUGGGAAGAGCUGGGAUAUUAUUUUCUGAAAUAUUGCACCUUCUAUGCAAACAAAUGAGCCAUAGGAAAGUGGGAUCAUUAUGGAGGGACUCUGGGUUGAGCUGGGCAGAUUUUAUACCUGAAACAGAGGAUGUACACAGCUUCAUUACAGAACAUAAAUUAGACUUCACUCUUUCUGACGGCUCAAACCUGACCGAGGCUGUCUCUAAGAGAACGCUCUCGCCUGAGGAACUGAACAAGCAACUUGAAAAACUACUACUUGAGGACAUGGCUGGCGAUGAACAAAUCUUCGACUGGGUUGAGGCCAAUCUAGAUGAAUCAGAAAUGAGUUCACCUCCUUUCCUCAGAGCUUUAAUGACUGCUGUGUGCAAGGCAGCAGUGAAAACCGAGGGCUCCUCAUGCAAAGUGGACUUGACCAUAAUCCAGAGGAGAUUGCCUGUAUUACACAAAUACCUUAACUCAGACACAGAGAGACAGUUGCAAGCACUUUACGCACUUCAAGCUUUGAUAGUAAAACUGGACCAGCCUGCUAAUUUGCUCCGGAUGUUCUUUGACUGUUUGUACGAUGAGGAUGUGAUAUCUGAAGAUGCUUUCUAUAAGUGGGAAGUCAGUAAAGACCCCGCAGAACAGCAAGGCAAGGGCGUGGCCCUGAAGUCAGUCACCGCCUUCUUCACGUGGCUGCGCGAGGCAGAGGAGGAGUCGGAGGACAAUUGACGAGAGGACAAACGGACACAUUUGCCAACUAGUGCUGAAGAGACAAUAGUCAUUUAAACAAUAACUGCAUCAAAUUAAAAUGUAACAUAACAAGCAACACAUUAUGCAUCAGGAUGGAUUGAGUGCAGCAAGAUAUCGAAUGGUACGGUUCACUGACGUGCAGCGACCUUAUGAUGACUUACAAUUGCUGGAGCACUAAAAAAAUGUAUUAUUUAUAGAAAUGUUGCAUUUAAGUUUUUUUCUUUUUUUCUUUUGUUACUUUUUAAGAGGACUUUAAUAAUACAAACAUGCAACAAUGAAACAAAACGUAAGUUCAGACUCGUUAAUUUAUUUUUUUUAAGAACAGCAUACACAAAUGGGUAUUUGACAUUUGCAGACAGCCACAACGAGCGGUUAUUGGUGGAUAGAGAAAUAAUGUUAAUAGUUUUAUUAAUAUAAUGACAAUAACAAUUAUUAAACAACUUCUGUGAUUUUCAAAUUGUUGAAAAUUUUUUUUUUUUUUGGGGUUGAGCACAGACGAGACCUGGUCUGCGUUUAGUACUAAAGUGUUUAGUACAUGUUUAAGGUUAUUAUCUCAAUAACCAUACCAAAUGUUCCUCUGCUUUAGCUUGCUCUUUGUGAAACAUUUAAUCUGGCAGAAACUUGCAGGAACUAUGCAUUCAGGGGACUGCUGGGAUCACACAACGAGAGCUCAGAAUGGACGUCAAUGAGCAGAUGGUGACGUGUACAAAACACUAAGGAGAUGUUGCUGAACCUAAAGUGCUUGUUAUUCUUCAUACUGAUAGAGCAAAUUUAAAGCUUGUAAAUAAAUUAAAGACAAAAAAGAUUCAUAAAAAUACAAAA